UAGAAUUCGCAAAUUAGCCUCCUGCUGGCGUCGUCGGCAUUUCGUGAGUGUUUGUUUAGGCCCCGUUUCCGUGUAUUUCAGAAUCUGUUCCACCAGCUUCAGGGGGGAGUGAUUUUCGAAUAAGUUGGUUGUCCACUGAUCUUGGAGCUGAGGAAUAAUCCCUAUACCAUUCGGAUGGAAGCAUUGGGGCCCAAGCAGUUCCUGCUAGCGCUGGAUCAGCUGGAGGAUGCAAUCGGCAUUGUGACCAAAGCCCAGCAACAGCUGAGGGACAACACCAGAGAGGUACGCUGGCAGCUGCAGAGCAGCGUGAGCCGCCAGCAGGAGGCGCUACGCUGCAGGGAGGUUUGGCUGCUCAGUCAAAUAGACCUGCUUGAGCAAUUGAAGAGUGAAACAAUGCAACAACAACUACAGAGGCUACACUUGGUGCGUGGCCACUUCGAUGCCGUCUCUCAGCAGCUGCGUGGCCUCAACAGGGAUGACAUUAACAAUCAGCUGAGCUGCUGCAUGGAGAAGUUUUCGUCUCUGGCUCUGUCUCCUGAGGAAACGUCAGACAUUAGCUUCCAUGCUGACACUCGCUCGUUGAGAGACGCCAUCACCUCAUUUGGAAGCAUCACUUCUCAGGUGUUGGAUAAAGCCAACUCUGGAAUGCAGAUGCCUCCCAACACUAAGCAGGACACAGACACAAGUUUUCUCAGUGACUGGCUCCUGGAGGCCUGCACACCACACACAAGUCUUCCUGUGGUCCAGCAGUCCAAACUGAAUUUUGAGGAUUGGCUGUUGAAGACAGACGAGAAUUCCGGCCCCAAGCCUGAUACCGUGGACUUUCUGAAGGCCUGGGGUCAGCUGCUGGACCUUGAUGCAUGGCUUCAGCGUGACCUGCCUCUGGUUAGUCGGCAGCGUUGCGCUAGCAGCUGCAGCUCGAACCUUUCCAUCGAGAAGAUCGAUGAGUCGGAUUUGAGUGAGAUUCUGAGGGAAGAGGAGCUGAGUGACUGGCUUGUCACUCCAGCUGUGCUUCCAGAGAUGUCGGAUGCAGAGCGCUGGCAGCAGGUGGUGAAGCCGUUCACAGAUGGCUGGUCCAGCUGCGACUGGCUGGCGUCCUCCAGCCGCUCAACUUCCAACUGCUCCUCUUGCUGUCAGAUCACCAAGCCCCUUGAAAUUGAGAAUCUGGGUCUGCUUCGUUGUCUGAAGAACCCAAGCCCACCCACCACUCCAUCCAAAGAACUGGAGGAGUGGCUUCAACAAGCUCCGCCCGUCCAACAGGUGUGCCGGGCCAAUGAGCCCUGCAGCAGUUACUCCGAGUGCGUGUGUGACCAAAACUGUGGGAAAGAUGCUCUGGACCUGUGGCUGCUCCGAAAGGAUGGUCGGGACAAGAACGGUGUCAGACAGAUGAAGAAUGCUCCUCCCAUCCUGAACAGUCACGAGAAGGAAGAGAAGGUUCAGGCCAUUUUGGAGGCAUGGCUCCACCCCCAAAUGAGCUCCUCCAGUACCUGCGCUCGCCCUGGGUCUGACGGCAGUGCUUCAGGGGAGGAGAAGGCCAGCGCUGAGACCAAAUCCUGCUCCUCCUCCUCAAUUUUCCAGCUACCCCUAGAACACUGGGUACAGCCUGUAACAUCUCCCAGAAAGCUCCUCCCACCUGCUGACCAUGACAAAUGGCUGCUGAAAAAGAAGAGUCAGACUCAGGAACGGCUGAAGUUACCGAUGGUCUGUGACCUGUUUUCAUGUUUGAAAGCUGGCGGAGACAGAGAGCAGUGGCUUUACAAAUCUUCUCUGCAGAUUUGAUAUUGAUUCUUAUUGUGGCAAAGCCUCCACGAAGAGCAGAGAUUUUAUUCUUGUCACCAACUUUCUCAAAUUAAGAAUCCAACCACAUAUGUAGUAAUUCAACAAGUUGAGAGAUGGUGUUUCAAACACAACUAAUUGUAUGUUUAAAUGCAGAUUCUUUUUAUCAGAUCUUUAUUCUACUUUUAUCUGAGCUAAAUCUAUGAAAGCCUUCUCCUGAUCACCAGGAAGCCAUUUUUGCCUGUUUGGCAGAUUGUGUGUGGGAAAAUGUUAUUUUGGGGCUUUUUAUUUUUUUGCUGGGAUGAUGAUGUAAUCUCUUCAGUGCUUUAAAAUAAAAGUUUCUGAUGUCA